UCGUCCAGUGGGUCGACAAUGGCGAAUACAAUUUCAAGUUUACGUUGAAGAAGCAUUACAGAAGUGAUAGUUCGGUCGACGGCAUCGCAAAGGGAUGCAAGGUUGCCGGGAGGAUGUUCGGCGGGUCCGGCCGUCGUGUGAUGUCUUUGCCUCACUUUGUCCCGCUAGCGCCGGGGCACGACGAGACCGUUCACGUCACAGACUUCCUCGAGGUCUGGGCGAGGAAGUCGGACCUGGAACAUCGAUCAGUGUCGUGGACGUCGGACCUGGAACAUCGAUCAGUGGUCCUGUUGGGUUCGCGGGAGGAGAGUGCUCUGAAAGGGAGAUGGGAAGUCAGGGUGGCCUGCCAGCURCGCCUCCUGAUCAAGAGGUGGGCAUGUCAGACGACUCGGAGGACGACCAUCCGCGUGCUCCUUUGAAACCGGSCUUGCAUGUAUCUCGCCGMCAYGGUUUGCUUGRGGAGUCGACGCCACAUGGAGGCGGCGAUGGMGAACGGUUGCGACAGGGCUCAGAAUCGACGACUCCUCGUGGUCUGGUCGAAAGGAUCGGUUCGUUCGUUCGUGGCAUGCAGGUGGCCGAGGUUUCGCCUGGAGAUCGAGCGGGUGGUCCGCAGGUUCGGGAGGUGMGUGGGUCAGAUGAGACAACUCRYCGGGCCKGWYCAGCGYCGGCGCAACUGCAGACGGAGUUCAGCCAGGAACGAGAAGCAAGUGGGAACAUCGCCGGUGAGGAGGAGGUGUCCGAGCAAGGGCUGUUCCGUGAGAGAUCGGCUGAAAAGACUCAGUCGGGAGGCAAGCGCAACUUGCCAGAUGAGGAAGAGCGAGAGGGAGUAGGUGCUCUGAAAAGGCAGAGAAAGGCAGGAGGGAGUGCUCGGACGCCAACAACACGAGAGGGCGGUUCCGUUGAGAAGAGGAAAAGGGUUGGAGGUGGGGAUGAAACGCCAAAAGACUCGUCGACACGGCGAAGAACCGAUGAGUCUUCCGGGAAACGGUCGAAAUCAUCGAGGGGGAAGAAAGCAGACGAGGGCGACAGCAGGGAGGGGGAUGACGACGUGGAGAUUAACCUCAACGCCUUUAACCUCGACAAUGCGUUCUUCCUCGAGAUGCAGACAGGGGUGCAGAAGGACGUCUUGUUGCACAUCCAUCCCGAAAGAAUAUUAGUUAUUCCAGACUGGGAAGACGCGUACAAUCACCGAUCCUUGGACGAGUUCCUCGUUGAUACCAUCGCGUCGGCUAUGAUCGACUGCUACGAACGCAAAGACAUGAGAUACACGAAGCGCAUUUUCGUUCUCGCGCCGAUCGUCGCGCCUCCAGAGAACGGCGAGCCUGCUGUGCGCAUGCUGCCUGCUGACUUCAACAGCUCACCCCCGGAGAAAUACUGGUAUUAUCCUAUGUGUGGACAGCAUAACGCGAGGGCGGCGAUGAUGGUGCAAGACCAUCCCGUGUUGGAUUACCACAACUUCUGUAAAUGGCCGUUCAGACCGAUCUACUUUCCUGACGACGAGUUCGACGGCUACGCCCAUGACUCCGUCUUCGCUUUGGGGUUGAAGUUCUAUGAGGAGUGGUCGAAAGGGAAACUCCUUGCUUCCGACGGCCGGCGUUGGACUGAAAAGCCGCCCACCCAUGAGGAGGUGGCCAAGCCAGGACUCUCCACUGUGACUGACAGCCAAGGGCUGAAGAGACACGUCUGGUACGUGAAGGUGGACGACCCGUCGUUGAAAAAGAGCAGGGGGAAGCCAAAGAAAGGCGCGGAGGAGAAAACUUUCUACGUCCAAGUUCCGGAGCCGGAUGUCCACUGCUGGAAGGAAUUGGUGGACUUGACGGACCGCGAGAAGAAAAGGUUGUUGAACGGCUACUUGAACCUUAACGUCGCGUGGGUUCAAACGAGUAGCAAGAAGUUGGCCGAGCAGGGGAAGUUCAGUGUCAAGGAGAUGGUCGACAUAAUAAAAAUGGACUGGAUUAUGCUGAGGCUGUGGCACUAUGUGGAGUUCGAGUACGAGGAAAUGGAUAAGUGGGAGUGGAAUGCCAACUCCACGUUCUUCAGGUCCAAGAAGCAACUGUUCGAAGAGUUCGAGGACAGAGGUCUCAACGACAAGCUUUGGAACGAGAGCAGGAAAUUUUUCACGGACACCACAUACGUCAACAAGUGCCCUCAGUUUCUCGGGUGUCAACACAACAACAACAUCAAGAGAACGGCGGCCCUUGUCAACGACCAGCAUUUCCCGGCGGAGUGGAAGCGUGUCGUCCUUUCGGUGAUCACUGGAGAUCGCGCCAAAGGCAAAAAAAACCCUCGGGGCGUUGAUGAAUGCAUUAACAUUAUAUGGAUAAGGACAAGCCCCUUAACGACGCUGGCCCUGUAUAACGUCGACCCAUUGAGUGCCAGAGAUCAUAAGGAGGCACUGGGAAAACUAGGGCAUCGGCUACGCUCCCACACUUGCGUGCUCGACUUAUGCGGUACUGUGGACCGUGCGCAAUGGGACUCUGGGGCAUUCGCGUCUCUGAGUGAGUUGCUGGGCUUCGUUUGUCAGGACUACUGGACAUUGGUGGUAUUCGUCCCCUUCCUGUGGAACCUCUUCUUCAUGACAUGUUUGUCUGCGCUUGGGGCUACCCGUGCUACACGGGGAAGUGGGUUCGGAAGACGGCAUCGAAGAAGACGCAUCAGUUCGGAAACAGCGUCUGGGAGGAGCCGGAUAUGAUGCAUAUCCUUUUCAAAGGCGAGGAUCCUCGGCUACUGACUACCCGGUGUACGAGGGAGCUGUUGUUGAAGACGACGACGCCGCUCUCCAGAGGAAACAAAAAGUGACACCCACG